AUGUCUUUGUCCCCCCAGUUCAUGGAAGACCUCUGGGUGCGGAGGUCAUUCUCCGCAGCAGGCCAUACGUUACUAGUCUACGACUACCUCCUAACUUUCAGAGAAGAAUUCAUUUACAUCUGGAACGCUCCCUGGACAUGUGUCAAAAUCCUGUUUCUUCUGAGCCGGUAUGGGAACCUUAUUGGACAGACUGCCAUCCGGCUAGAAGAGGCUGGUCUCCUUGCACAUAAUUCUCAAGAGUUCUGCCAACGCUUCGCAAUCUUUACCACUUGUUUUAUGUUUGUAUCCACCGAGUCGAUCCACAUCCUCGUGCUCGUGCGUGCAUGGGCUAUCUGGGGAACUCGAAAGCGUGUAGCGAACAUCCUCGGAUGGAGCUACGUGGGCUACAUCAUUAUGCUGUUGGCUGGCUCAGCGUCCAAUUUACACGACCAUAAUACUCAGUUUGAGUUCCUCGACGUGAUUCAUGUUUGCACAGCCAAAAUGCCUAAAUAUGUGUGGUUGAUUUAUGUCGGAAGCUUCAUCCUCGAUACAGUCCUCUUCGUCUUGACGAUGCGAAGUCUUCGGAUAUACUCUAGGGAAUUCCAGCAACUCUACCACUCUACUCUCCUCCAUAUACUCUUUCGAGAUGCGACCAUGUUUUUUAUCGCUAGUACAUUCAGUAAUGCAUUGACCGUCACUUCUUGGACUGCAUUCGGGAACAAUCCAAAAUAUUUCCUUGGUAAAGGGUUCGCGACUCCGUUACUUUCAGUAGUUGGCCAGCGCCUAGUCCUGAACCUUCGAGGUCUUCAAACGCGUUCCUACGCAACCCGCGAUCUCAGCCGUGAAAUGGACCGGCAACUUCAAGCAUUUGCUGAGGCGGACUCUCCAGGUCUGGAUAAUGUGGAAGAGAUGGAAGUUGUGCAGGAGUAG